AUGAGCGAAAUGGACCGCUUUGACAGCAUGUUACUGACCAUCACACAGUCACAGCGUGGCAUUGAGCCACUGCUGGACACGGUUUUCUCGUUUCUUCGUCGUAAAACUGAUUUUUUCUCGGGCGCUGAGACGCACGUGAUUGAAGAUACAAUUCUCAAGAGCGUUCGCAAACAAGCGUCAUUGGCUGAGAAGGAUCAGAUCUCGAAGAAGCACCAGGAAGCCAAGAAUCGCCAGAAGAAGGAAGCGUCACGCAAGGCAGCGGAACUAGAGAAGAAGCAGAAAAAGGACCCGAUGGAGGAAGUCAAGAGCCUGUCACGCUUCGAGGAGAUUACAGACGAUGACAAGACGGAGAUCAAGGAGACGAAACACACGAAGAAGUCAUCAGACGAGACAAAGACUACUACAGAGGAGCACUGUGGAAUGCCGCUUGCUGGCAACGGAGGCCAGACUGACAAGUAUGUGUGGACGCAAACGCUGCAGGAGGCCCAGGUUAAUUUUGCAGUUCCCGAGGGCACUAAAUCUCGACAGGUAGACGUGGACCUCCGUGCUGGGAAGCUAAAGGUGGGCCUACGAGGUGGUGAGACGUUUGUGGAUGGACCUCUCUACAACAAAGUUAAGGUAGACGACAGUUUCUGGACUUUGGAAGAUGGCAAUCGCAUUUGUGUCUACUUGCAGAAGGACAACCAGAUGGAGUGGUGGAAGACCAUUAUUCAAGGAGACGCUGAGAUUGACACGCAAAAAGUGCAGCCAGAAAACUCCAAGCUCGGCGAUUUGGACUCGGAUACGCGCCAAACCGUGGAGAAAAUGAUGUUUGAUCAGCGUCAGAAGGCAAUGGGUCUUCCCACAAGCGACGAUAUGCAGAAACAAGAAGUUCUGCAAAAGUUUAUGGCGCAGCACCCGGAGAUGGACUUCAGCAAAGCUAAAAUCAACUAA